CCAGGAAGCAGCUCACCUGUUUUUUCGUGUUUAAUGUCCAGGUGUGGAGCUCGUUGUUGGUGUGUGAAGAAACUACUGACUGAAACCUGCAAGAAGAUGAUGAUGGAGGAAGAGGAGGACAGAGCAGAGUCUGCAGGAGCCAGCUGUCCAUCUAUGAGGAGUGACAGGUCCAAACCUCAACCUCCAGACUUCAGUGCUGAACCUGGACCAACUAGAUUGAGGAUCUGUGGUUUGUCAGAGAUGAGCUGUGAUUAUCUGGCAGCAGCACUGAAGUCCAACCUCUCCCAUCUGAGAGAGCUGGACCUGAGCCUGAACGACCUGCAGGAUUCAGGAGUGAAGCAGCUUUGUGGUUUUCUGGAAAGUCCAGGAUGUGGACUUGAAAUUCUGAGUUUGUGGAGCUGUGGUUUGUCAGAGAUGAGCUGGGAUUAUCUGGCAGCAGCAAUGAAGUCCAACCCCUCCCAUCUGAGAGAGCUGGAUCUGAGCUACAACAAUCUGCAGGAUUCAGGAGUGAAGCAUCUGUGUGGUUUUCUGGAGAGUCCAGGAUGUGGACUUGAAACUCUGAGAUUGUGGCGCUGUGGUUUGUCAGAGAUCAGCUGUGAUUAUCUGGCAGCAGCACUGAAGUCCAACCCCUCCUAUCUGAGAGAGCUGGAAUUGAAGGACUGUGGUUUGUCAGAGAUCAGCUGUGAUUAUCUGGUAGCAGUGCUGAAGUCCAACCCUUCCCAUCUGAGAGAGCUGGACAUGAGUGGAAACUACAACCUGCAGGAACCAGAUGUGAAGCAGCUGUGUGAGCUUAAGGAGAGUCCAGACUGCAGACUGGAGGUGGAGGUCAUGGUAAACAGGAUGGUGUGUGUGCUGAGAGAGGAUGAGCUGUGUCCUGGUGAUCCAGAGAAGUUGAAGCAGCAGCGUAGAGACGCUUGUGUGUAG